UGGCGAUGCUCUUCUUUGGCCGAGAGCAGGCAUCCGUCCCAUUCAUUCCCGAUUCCAAUUCAUAGCUUUCGCUCGUGGGGAUUGGAUGCAUUUUGCUCUAGCGGAGCGGCCGACCAAGUGGAGUGCAGAAUCUGACAUGUGUAUAUUGUAACGCGGAGGACUUAGUUUGUUUUUGCAGCGUAAUAAUCGAAUAGUUCAAUUGGAAGAUCAAAUACAUAUUGUCUUUCGCAACCUCAGUACCAUCAUCUCCUCUCGCAAGAAGCUACAUCAAAACAACAACAACAGCAUCAGUUCAUCAUCUAAAGCCGGCAUAGAAGAAAGGACUUGUACUCUGACGAGAGAAAAAAAAAUCGCGAUUCGCCGGUGGGGCUGCUGCCUUUGUGCCGUGGAUGGACUACUAAAUUAUGUUUAUAGUUAUAUUUGCAUGCUGAGCGUUUUCAUGAGCUUGUUAACGCAAUGAAAUUGCGGGCGGACGUGAUACUCCUGUGUAUUUUGAAUUCGGCCUGGACCCUGCAGGAGGACAGACCCUUACAUGAAACAGUGAAAUGUGAAAAAGACUCAUUCAAAUGUAAUGAAGGAAAGUGCAUCCCGUUGCAUUGGGUGUGCGAUUCGCAAUGGGAUUGCGACGAUGGCAAAGAUGAGAUGCAGUGUCAGAACAUCACUUCUUGCAGUCCAGGACAAUUUCAAUGCACGUACACGCACAAGUGUUUGUCGCAAGGGUUCGUCUGUGACGAAGAAUUGGAUUGCGGAGUAUCGCCUACCUAUGGCCAGGAUAGUUCCGAUGAAGAUCCGAAGAUGUGCGUGCACAGGACGUGCUCUUGGAACGAAGGCCGCUGCAACAAGAACAACGAAUGCCGUCCAUUAGAAGUGUUCUGCGAUGGCAAAGGAGAUUGUCCUGAUAACAGCGACGAAUGGGACCAGUGUCGUAACACGACACAAUGCGACGUCGCCAAUUUCCCAUGCGAAUAUAAAUGCAAGGUAACCCUUGAUGGUCCAAAGUGUUAUUGCACCAAAGGCUACAGACCAGAGGGAAGUAAAUGCGUGGAUGCGGAUGAAUGCGAAUUGGAGAAAUCCUGCGAUCAACUCUGCACGAAUACUCUGGGAUCCUUCAAAUGCGAUUGCGUCCCAGGAUACCAGAAGACUGAUAACGAAUGCAUCGCAGUUAAUGUUCCGGUUUCCGAACCUCCGUCUCUCCUAAUUUCGACUCUUUCAAUGAUAAAAAGGGUCACGUUGGACGGACGUCCGUUCCCUGGAAACUCUACGAUAAAUCUCCUGAACAGCAACGCCCUGGAGUUCUCCCACAGGAAUCGUUCCGUCUGCUACGUGCACCAUAACGUGAGCAAAUCCUUUUUGGUCUGCUCGAAUAUCGAUGACCUGAAUCAGAGAUGGACGUUGGAUGCGCCCUCCAUCUUCCCGGAAGUUGAUCUCAUACAUCAGAUGGCCCUUGAUUGGGUGACGAAUAACUGGUACUUUCUGGACGACACUCGCGACAUGUUCUUUCUGUGCACGAACGACUUGAAAAAAUGCAACAUCCUGAUGGACAGCGAUCUGAUGAAACCCAGAUCUUUGGCUCUCGAUCCUCUACGCGGUUACAUGUUCUUCACGAAAUGGGGACACUCACCUGCGAUGCUGGAAAGGAGCAAAAUGGAUGGUACGGAACGGAAGCCGCUCGUAACACAAAAGAUUGUUUAUCCGUACGGAGUUUCCUGCGAUUUCGCCACCAGUCAUAUAUACUGGGUAGAUACGUACCUGGAUCACGUCGAGAAAAUCGAUUACGAUGGUAAAAAUAGAAGAACAAUCGAGAAGGGAUCUCCUGUGAUAAAUCUUUACGACAUCGUUUAUUUCGAGAACAAACUAUUUACGUCUUCUUGGUACAACCAUACAGUUUGGCGUUACGACAAGAAAAACUCUUCGUUCAACAAAAUUGUCAGCAACAUCUCACGUCCAUUCAAUUUACAUAUUUUCCAUCGACAGAGGCAACCAGAAGUUGCGCAUUCGUGUAAAACCAACAAUGGUGGAUGUCAACAUAUUUGCGUGCCGAAUUGGAAUCGCAAUGUCGCGACUCCGACGUGCAUUUGCGCUGCAGGCUACAAACUAAUUGAUAAGGGACAGUGCGUUGUGCAGACUCCUCCAUCUUUUGUCGUGGUGGCAAGAAGAAAACCUGCUAUUAUUAAGGGUCUUGAUUUGAUGGACGGUUCAGAAACGAUGAUUCCCAUAACGAGAUUGACAAAACCGACAGCGAUCGAAGUGGACGUGAAUACAAGGUCUAUAUUCUAUGCGGACGGUACGGGGAUAGAAAAAGCUAUGAUAGAAGGUGGUGAAAAGACGGUUAUUGUGGAUACGGGAUUGGAUAAGUGUAACGGAUUAGCGUAUGAUUGGAUGGCAAGAAAUUUAUAUUGGACGGAUGAAGGAUAUCAUUCCAUAAGUGUGGUCAGCAUGAAGAAUACGAAACUGAAGCGGACCUUAAUCGUGGAUAGAUCUAAGAAUCCAAUGUCUAUAGCCUUAGACCCGAAACGCGGCAUUAUGUAUUGGACCGUUUGGCCACCAACAGAUUCGGUAAGCGGUUCGAUCGAAAGUGCUUGGAUGAAUGGAAGCAAUAGAAAAGUCUUCAUCAACAUCGAAGUCAGUUGGCCCAGCGGUUUAUCGAUAGAUGCAGAAAACAAAGUGGUCUAUUGGUCCGAUGGAACGUCGAACACUAUCGAAAGUCUCGAUUAUAACGGGAAGAAUCGAAAAACUAUAACGUUCAGCGACAAGCACUACAUCCACAGCGUAAACUUUUGGAAUAAGUCAUUCUUUUAUUUUGAGUACUCAAGUGGUAAAAUAUUCAAUUAUGAUUUAAUGAAUAAAACGUCAAAUUUAAUCUACAAUUUCAAAUCGUCCUUGUCGCAGAUAAAGAUAUUUGGAGCUAAAUCGCAAACAGGUACGAACGACUGCAAGAACAAUAACUUUGGAUGCGAGGAGCUUUGUCUGACCAUUCCUAAUACCGUGGUAUGCGGUUGCUCGGAUGGUUUCGAGUUGGCGCCUGGUGGGAAGAGCUGCACUAAAUCGUUGAACUAUACGAUGCCUUCGUUAUGCCCGGAUCAUUACUUCGAAUGCAAAUCAACUGCAAAAUGCAUCACCGAAUUAUACGUGUGCGACGGGACGGACGAUUGCGGCGAUGGGUCAGAUGAAAGUAUGGCAGAGGGCGGUCCGUGUCGGGACAUCCUUUGCAACGAAGUCCAGUUCAGAUGCGAUAAAUACCUAUGCAUUUCUAAGAGCUGGUUGUGCGAUGGCGAUAAAGAUUGCAAAGACGGCACCGAUGAGGAUCCAAAGAAUUGUCCGACAGCUUGCGCAUCGGACGAAGUCAUCUGCAACGUUACCAGAAGAUGUAUCCACAAGUCCUGGAUAUGCGACGGUGCUUUCGAUUGCGGAUCCGAUGAUAAAACCGACGAAGAGAACUGCGAAGUCCCCAAGUGCGAUAUAACCGAAUUCACGUGCGCCAACAAUCGAUGCAUAUCAUCGGAUUUGUUUUGCAAUGGAAUCGACGAUUGCAUGGACGCUUCCGACGAGAUAAAUUGUAAAUGCAAUUUAACAAUUUCAAUUCCUUGCAACGAUACGUGUCUGCCGCUGAGUAAAAAAUGCGAUAAAAUCAAGGACUGCGCGGAUGGAUCUGAUGAGAUGCAAUGCGACAUUUAUAAGCCGAUCUGUGAGAAGAAUGAAUUUGCUUGCGAGACUCUGGAAUGCAUACCGAAGAUUUUCUAUUGCGAUGGAAAUGUGGACUGCGUCGAUGGUUCGGACGAGAAGAACUGCGAACAUCUGCAUAAUUCUACGACAGUUAAGCCUCCGAUUGAUGGGUUAAUGUGCGCGCAUCCUUCGCGUUACUGUGAUAACAAGACCAAAUGUAUUGAUGUUAAACAACUUUGCGAUGAUAGGAUUGAUUGUGUUGACGGAUCCGAUGAGGGUUUACGGUGUAGUGAAAAGUUGUGUGAGCACAGCAUGGAGUGUUCGCAUCAUUGCCACAAUGCUCCAGAAGGGAUUGUUUGCUCGUGUCCUCAACCUUUGCAUCUGCAGUCUGAUAAAGUAAAUUGCUUGCAGACGCAUCCUUGCGAUAGUUGGGGUGUUUGCUCACAAACUUGCGAGACUAGAGGUGGUCAAUAUAAAUGUAGUUGUCUGCCAGGUUACGCAUUGGAGAGCGAUGGUUUCAGCUGCAAAAGUUUGGAUAGUAGAGUACCCUACGUAAUUUUCAGCAAUCGGCACGAAAUUAAGGGAGUCGACUUGCAUACGUUCAACGUGAAAUCGUUCCUUUCCAGUUUGAAGAAUACUAUAGCUCUGGAUUUCUUCCAUACGAAUGAUACUGAUAUGAUCUUCUGGACUGAUGUAAUCGAUGAUAAAAUUUAUAGAGGCACUUUAGUUGGUAACUCUUUGAGCAAUAUAGAGCCAGUCGUUCAGAGCGGUUUAGCUACGGCUGAGGGAUUGGCAGUGGAUUGGAUCGGAGAAAAUUUGUACUGGGUGGAAAGCAAUUUGGAUCAGAUCGAAGUGGCCCGUCUGAAUGGUAGCUUCCGCAGAACGUUGGUCGCAGGAGACAUGGAGAGUCCAAGAGCUGUGGCUUUGGAUCCGAGGGAUGGAUGGCUCUUCUGGACGGAUUGGGCCAAAUCCGCACCGAGAAUCGAACGUUGCUCUUUAGCAGGUCUGAACCGAUCGGUGGUGGUUCGCGUGGAUUUGGUUGCACGCGGAUUGUGGCCCAACGGAUUGACCUUGGAUUACAUCCCAAGAAGAAUCUACUGGAUUGACGCUUUGUCGGAUUCCAUUCAUACCGUCGAUUACGAUGGACACGAUCAUCGGGUGGUGAUGUCGCAUCACGACAUGUUGUCGCAUCCUUUCGCCAUCAACAUUUUUGAGAAUAACGUGUAUUGGACCGAUUGGAGGACGAACAGCGUGGUCAGGGCUAACAAAUGGAAUGGCAGCAACGUUUUCCUGUUGCAGAAAACCUUAACGCAACCCUUUGAUAUUCAAAUUCUGCAUCCGAGUCGUCAGCCGAGAGGAACGGGAAAUCCUUGCGGCACCAACAACGGCGGAUGCUCUCAUCUCUGUCUGCUCCACAUCGAAGGGGAAUACAGAUGCGAUUGUCCUCACGUCAUGCGACUGAAUUCCGAUAAUAGAACAUGCGUCGUGAAUGAAAGAGUUUUGCUGAUUGCAAGGACGAACGAGAUUAGGGGAGUCGAUUUGGAGCAACCGGAUUACCAUACAAUUCCAACCAUUAGCAUACCGCAAGUGUUAAGCCCCAAUCAAAUAGAAUAUCUCGCCUCGAACAAUACUCUCUAUUGGAUAGAUUCUCAAACCAACGAGAUUAAACGAUCAGGUUUAACAAUAGGCCCAUCGCAGACUCUCAUCGACACAGGCAUCGAACAUCCAUCCGGUUUGGCCGUCGAUUGGCUUGCAGGAUUACUGUUCGUCGGCUCACCAUCCGGUAUAUUAGUGUGCAACUUGGAUGGGGAAUUGAGCUCGGUUUUGAUCGAUCAGGUUAGCAUAGUUAGCUUAGCUGCUGAUCCUAAAAACGGAAGGCUUUUCUGGAUAUCACUUUUCGAAAAUUACUCCGAAAUUGAAACGAGCGCAAUGGAUGGCAGCAAACGCGAAGUGCUUAUUUACAAUAUGACUAUGGCCACGAAGAGUUUGAGUUAUGAUCAUGAAUUGGACAGGCUGUAUUAUGUUAGUGACUUCGAGAUAUUUUUCCUAAAUUUGACUUCUCGUGAAUCCGUUAAAUUGGUUUUAAAUAAGAGCAGUAUUGCUGCGGCUACAGUUUACAAGAAUCUCAUCUAUUAUGCUGAUGAUGAUGAUCAGUCGGUGAGGUCCGCUCAUAAAACGACCGGAGCCAAUGACACUUUCUUGAGGAACAGCACCGGGGUGUUGGCUUUGAGAAUUUACGAUCCGUCCGAACAAGUUGGAGAACAUCCUUGCGGGAAGAACAAGGGAGGUUGUCAACAUCUCUGCUUGCCGAUGUCGGCCAACGGAUAUACAUGUAAAUGUGCUACAGGAUUUUAUAUCGACGUCAGGGAACGUAGGGGUUGUUUGGGAUACGAAGACUUCCUGUUUUAUUCCCUAAAUUGGGAGAUUCGAGGAUUACCUCUGAACGGUAGCAACACCUCCGAAGUACUUGGUCCCAUCUCGAGAGUAUCCAUGGCAAGUGUGAUAGAUUUUUUGGCGAGUGAAAAUAAGAUCGUUUGGGGAGACAGCGAUCACGGAGUGCUCACCAGCAUUAACAGAGAUGGAACACUGCGUAAAACUAUUGUCGAACAAUCGGAAGGAAUUGAAUCUGUUGGAGUGGAUUGUUUGACUGGAAUGGCGAUAGAUUGGUCUGCCAAAAAUAUAUAUUGGAGCGAUCCCAAACACGGGGUGAUUGAAGUCGCCAGAAUGAAUGGUUCUUCGAGGUACGUCGUGCUUUCUGAUGACGUGGGAAGGCUUAAUUUCAUAGCCGUUGAUCCGUUAUCCGGAAUCAUGGUAUGGGCCGGAGGAAACAAACUUGAGAAGGCCACUUUGGACGGUUCGAAUCGAAUGGUGCUCAUCAACGGCACCAACAGCGAUAUAAAAGACGUUGCUUUGGAUUUGGAGAGGAAAUUCAUUUACUUCUGCGACUCUGCCAGUAAAACAAUCGAGCGGAUCAGCUACAACGGCACCGAUCACGAAGUGCUCUUAAACGAUUCGCUUGAAUACCCGGUGGCUUUGACGCUUUUGGACGAUACAUUGUACUGGGUGGAUUCGACGCACGAUAGGGGAAGCAUCAAAUCUGCUAAUAUAAACAAUUUGGAAAGUUACAAAGUGUUGCUGAGACAAGCCGGAGAUUCUUUGAAAGAUAUACAGAUAUUUUCGAACCGGCGACAGAUGGGUAAGAAUGCUUGCGCGAAGAAUAAUGGAGAUUGCGAGCAGCUAUGUCUUUUCAAUGGAACGCAUCCGAAUUGUGCUUGUUCCAAUGGUAAUUUGGCUCCUGAUGGAAAGUCUUGCCAGGAGUACGAUAGUUUCGUGAUGUUUUCGAAGGUCAGCAGCAUUGAUUCUAUACACAUGACGGAUGCUGGAGAAUUGAACGCUCCGUUCCCGAGUAUCAAAAAUUCGUGCUUCAUGCGUAAUGCCAUCGGUUUAACGUUCAAUUACAAACAGCAGAGGAUAUUCUAUUCCGAUAUUCAGCACGGAUUGAUAAAUACUGUUUAUUUCAAUGGGAGCGGUCAUGCUGUUAUUGUUGAAAGACAAGGUUCUGUGGAAGGUUUAGCUUACGAGCAAAUUAAUAACGCUCUUUAUUGGACUUGUAAUAAUAAUCCUAGCAUUAGCAAAGUGAAUUUAACGGUGGAUGGUUUGAAUGCGACUCAAGUUGAAGUUGUGAUUAAGUUUAGUACUCGUGAUAAACCUAGGGGUAUUGCUGUGGACAGCUGCGGAGGACGUUUGUAUUGGACCAAUUGGAAUUCCGCUGAGCCGAGCAUAGAACGCGCCUUACUCAGCGGUUUCUAUAAGGAAUUUAUAAUAACGACGGAUAUUCGAAUGCCCAAUGGAUUGACUUUAGAUCAUAAAGCUCAGAAGCUGUAUUGGAGUGACGCUCGUUUGGAUAAGAUCGAAAGAUGCGAAUACGACGGAACUAAUAGGGUUGUUCUUGCCAAAGUUAUGCCUCAACAUCCAUUCGCGUUAGCAGUUUAUGGUAAUCUAAUUUAUUGGACCGAUUGGAUGUUGCGCGCCGUUUUAAGAGCCGACAAAUUGACGGGACAGGAUGUUACUUGGUUGAGGAGAGACGUUAAAAGACCGAUGGGAAUAAUUGCGGUCGCCAAUGAUACAGAUGAUUGCUUUUCGAAUUCUUGCAGCAUUGCUAAUGGAGGCUGCGAAGAGUUCUGCAGUCUUUCGGCUUCCGGUCAAGCAGUGUGCAGUUGCGACGAUGGAAAGACUAUAUCCGAGGAUGGAAAAACUUGCGUUAUUGCCACGAGUUGCAGAGAUGAUUCCUUUCGUUGCUCCGAUGGGGGUUGCAUUCCAUUUGUGUUAACUUGCGAUGGUACCGCGCAUUGCGCCGAUAGCUCCGACGAAGAUGCAGGCUAUUGUAGCAACAGGAAUUGCCCUCACAUGUUCCAAUGCUUGAACAAACGCUGCAUACCCUUCAACUUGACUUGCAAUAAUAUCGACGAUUGCGGUGAUUCCAGCGACGAAAUGAACUGCACUUGCAAUGAAGAAACGCAUUUCAGAUGCGGAAACGGUCAGUGCAUAUUGAAUAGAUUCAAAUGCGAUUUGGACCCCGAUUGUCAAGACGAUGCUAGCGAUGAGAUUGGGUGUAAGCCAGUGGAUUGUUUAACGUUAAUCAAUUGCAAAUAUACUACAGCUUGUAUUAGACCGGAGUGGAUCUGCGAUGGCGAGAACGACUGUUGGGACAACUCGGAUGAACAGAAUUGCACGAACAGGGUGUGCACCGAUUUGGAAUUCCGUUGUUCAAACGGAAAGUGCAUAAGUUUAUCGAAGAAAUGCGACGGACACGCCGAUUGCAAGGAUUCCUAUCUGGCUGCAUUAAGUUCGGACGAAUUGAACUGCAAAAGUUGUAAAGGGAAUCAGUUUAGUUGCGGGAACGGUCUUUGCAUUCCCGGUAGUUUUAGAUGCAACGGACAGCCGGAUUGCGAGGAUGGAUCCGAUGAGAGAGGUUGCCAAGAGCAAUGUAUGGACGACCAAUUUAAGUGCAAGGAUAACGUAUGCAUUCCUCUCGAUUGGCAGUGCGACGGUCAUCCGGAUUGCGCUGAUUACUCGGAUGAAACUGAGCAUUGUUUGAAGAGGGAAUGCGAUUCUUCGGAGUUCCGUUGCAACUCGACCGGUCGUUGCAUACCGAUGAAUUGGAUCUGCGAUGGAAAGGAGGAUUGCACUGAUGGUGCUGAUGAACACUUGAAUCAGGGAUGCAGACCUUCUACAUGCGAUAAUAACCAGUACCAAUGCGCAGAUCGAUCGUGCAUUUCAAAAAUGUAUUACUGCGAUGGAGAUUUUGAUUGCAGCGAUAAAAGUGAUGAGCCUUCAUCGUGCGAGCAUGAGUGUUACUCUGGAGAAUUUAUGUGCACCUCAUUGAAAUGCAUCUUGGAAAUCUUCAGAUGCGAUGGAACAGACAAUUGUGGAGACAAUAGCGACGAGGAGAAUUGUCCAAACGCAACGCCUGUAUUGGAUAAGGAUUGCUUCCAUUGCAAUAAUGGAAUUUGCAUUAACGAGACUCUUUUAUGUAAUGGUCAGGAUGAUUGUGGAGAUUACAGCGAUGAAAGUAAAUGUCACAUAAACGAAUGUGAGACGGCGGUCAGUCCUUGCUCUCAGAAAUGCAUAGAAAAACCAGUUGGAUACGAAUGCGCUUGUGUCGAUGGUUACAAAGUCAGCGUAAAAGACAAGUCGCUGUGCGACGAUGUUAAUGAGUGCUUGGAGAAGCCUUGCAGUCAGGUUUGCAGAAACACCUUAGGAUCAUACAUUUGCAGCUGCGUUCAAAAUUACACCCUUCUAUCGGACAGAUCUUCCUGCCACGCCGAUAGUGAUGUGACUCCAAAGUUGUUGCUUGCCAAUAAGUAUUACAUACGAGAAUUGAAUUUGAACGGUCAUUCAACAUUACUGAGGCAUAAUUUAUCAAAUGCUGUAGCUGUUGAUUACGACUGGGAAUCAAAGUGCAUCUUCUGGUCAGAUGUUUCUCCCAUCAGCAGUCACAUCAAGAAAUUGUGCAACGGUACCGUCCAAAACAACACCGUUCUCCUUCAUUCUGCCACACUGCAGAAUCCUGAUGGUCUGGCUGUUGAUUGGGUCGGAAAGAAUCUAUACUGGGCGGACAAGGGCUUAGAUACGAUCGAAGUUUCCACGCUCGACGGGAAAUUUAGAAAAGUGUUGAUAUCUUCCGGUCUUCAAGAACCCAGAGCCGUGGCGGUCGAUCCCAUCAGGGGAUACAUGUAUUGGUCGGAUUGGGGCUCUGAUGUUCACAUCGGCAAAGCAGGAAUGGACGGCUCCAAUCCAUCCAUUCUGCUCGACGCUAAUUCGAGCUUGGGAUGGCCAAACGCUUUAACAAUCGCUUUCGACACUGAAGAACUCUUCUGGGCGGAUGCACGUGAAGAUUACAUCGCCGUAUCCGAUUUCGAUGGGAAAAACAUUCGCAUCAUUGCUAAGAGAAUAAAAAAUGCUGAACUGCAAUUGCAUCACGUCUUCGCAAUCGCAGUUUGGGAAAAUUACGUGUACUGGACCGACUGGGAGACUAAGUCCAUCGAGAGAUGUCACAAGUACCAUGGAAAUGAUUGCAAAACUGUGUUAACAACUAUUCACAGACCGAUGGAUUUGAGGGUCGUUCAUCCUUUAAGGCAACCUCAGACUGAUAAUCCUUGCCUGAACGCAAACUGUUCAGCUCUGUGCUUAUUAGCACCGAAUAAGGAACGUUAUACCUGCGCUUGUCCGGAAAAUUAUAUCUUGGAUGUGGACGGAAAGAGUUGCAUUUCGAAUUGCACAUCGGCACACUUCGAAUGUAAGACAACAUACAAGUGCAUACCGUUUUGGUGGAAAUGCGAUACGCAGGACGACUGCGGCGACGGCAGCGAUGAACCGGAAGAUUGUCCCGUCUUCAAAUGCUCACCAGGAGAGUACCAAUGCGACAACGGUGAAUGCAUUCAUCCAUCGAAUCUGUGCGAUGGUAAAAACAACUGCAAGGAUAACAGCGACGAGAAGAAUUGCAAAAAUUAUACGUGCCUCGAUAAGCAAUUUAGAUGUAAAGGAAAUUCGACCGUGUCUCCUCGCUGCAUACCUGGAGAUCAAAGAUGCGACAAAAUAAAACAUUGUCCACUGGGAGAGGACGAGGAAGGUUGUCCACCAUCGAAAUGUCCUCCGCGUAACUUCAAGUGCGACAACGACAUGUGUAUCACCGAGGUUUGGGUCUGUGACUUGGACAACGAUUGCGGCGAUAAUUCAGAUGAACCUGAGACUUGUAAAAACCGUACAUGCUCUCCGGACAACUUCAGAUGUAAUUCCGGACGGUGCAUCCCGAUGUCCUGGAAAUGCGACGGCGAUUCAGAUUGCUCGGAGAACGAGGACGAACCUCCAUCAUGUAAAUUAGCAGAUUUCCACACCUGUGAACCGACCUACUUUAAGUGCAACACGAAUCGAUGUAUUCCGGGUAGAUGGAGAUGCGAUUACGUUUCUGAUUGCGUCGAUGGUUCGGAUGAAAUCGGAUGUAAGCCGAGGAAUUGCUCUGAAAGCGAGUUCCGGUGCGGAGAUGGUAAAUGUAUUAGGGGAAAUCAAAUUUGCGACGGGGAAUUCCAAUGUGAGGACAAAAGCGAUGAAGAGGAUUGCUUCACGAAAUGCGGAAGUCUAGAAUUCCAAUGCCAAAAUCCACAUUAUUGCAUAUCAAACUAUUGGAAGUGCGAUGGUGACAUGGAUUGUGUAGACGGUUCCGAUGAAGUAAACUGUAGCGAUCGAUGCCCCGAUAACGGUUUCAAGUGUGAAAGUGGACUGUGCAUCAACGAAGAAUGGAGGUGCGAUGGACAAAUGGACUGCGAAGAUGGUUCUGAUGAGAAAAUUGAGAUGUGCGAGAGCUUGGCUUGUCCUCCCGGUCGUUUGAGAUGCAGGAACAACAAAUGCAUCCCGAUGUCUUUGCUAUGUGACGGAAUCGAUCAAUGCGGCGAUUCCAGCGACGAAGAAUCCCUCACCUGCAAAGUCCUAGGCGUUUGUCCUCUUCAUCAAUUCCGAUGCAGCAACUUUAAGUGCAUCGACGAGAAACUUCGCUGCGAUGGAGAAAACGAUUGCGGCGAUGGCUCAGACGAGGUGGACUGCAACAAUUCAAUCUGCCAUUACGGGCUUUGCUCUCAGCAAUGCUUCGAGAGGAAGAACGGUAGCCACAUAUGCAAAUGCAUAUCAGGUUUUCAACCGUCCAGAGAUGGAGGUUGUCAAGCUACCGGACACGCUGCUAAUUUGGUCGUCGUUGUGGAAGCCGAAUUGAGAUUGAUUUCUCCUUACGUUUCCGGAUCGACAAGUCAAUUCAACAAACAGAAGGUUGGGUCAGGUCCGAAUUACAAACUUGAUGCCGUUGAUAUACUAUAUCAGUCCAAGCAGAUAACAGCUUUCUGGACGGAUCAUCACAAUAAGCAGGUGCAGAGUACGCAACUGAUGAUUCUGGAUGGUUCAAGCAGGUCGACGCGCGAUAGCGACAUCAAGAUCAUUCUGAAGAGUCUUAAAGAUCCUCGAGGUCUUGCGGUAGAUUGGGUUGCGAAGAGAUUAUACAUCACAGAUUCUAGCAGGAUUUUGGUUUGUUCUCUGGAUGGAUCGCGCGUUUACACGUUGGUUUCUGGUGAAAUACAGCAACCGCGCGAUAUCGUAGUGGCUCCUCAUCAAGGACUGUUGUUCUGGACAGAUUGGGGUUUAAUACCUAGGAUAGAAUCGUCACACAUGGAUGGUAACUUCAGGAAAACUCUUCGCCUAACAGAUUUGCUCUGGCCAAGCGGAUUAGCCAUAGACCAUCCAGCAGAACGUAUCUACUGGUCCGAUCCUAAAGCAUCAGUAAUCGAAUCGGCCAAGUUCGAUGGAAGCGAUCGACAAAUUGCCAAACGCUUAGCUUUAAGUGAAAGACCGUACAAACUGGACGUUUUUGAAGAUUUCGUUUAUUUCACCACGCAUCAAUCUCACAAUGUUUUGCGUAUGAACAAAUUCGGACGUGGCAACUCUUCGCAUUUGGCUCAAGAACUACCUAGACUUGCCGAUAUUUUGAUCAUUCAAGAGCAGAAGCAGAAGUAUUUAACGAAUCCGUGUCAGAAUGCUUGCGGCUCAACACAGUUUUGCUUGCUGCAACCGGAAGGAACAACGUGCGUUUGUCCGGAUGGUUACCUUCUUCAAGACAACAAUAGUUGCGUCGUUAUCAACUCCAAUGCUCCCAAUUGCACUUUGAACUGCAAUUUAGGCACUUGCCAAUUAUCCGCGACUGGACCGAAAUGCAUUUGUCCCGCACAAUACAGUGGACCUCAUUGUGAACACUAUCGUUGCUCACAGUUCUGUCGCAACAAAGGUAUGUGCUACUCGGAUCUUCUGUCGGCUAAAGGACCGGAUGGAGUCGCUCCGUUUAAGUGUAUUUGUCCACCUCAGUGGACGGGAGAACUAUGCGAAACUGCGGUGGAUCUCUGCACGGAUCGCUGCUACAAUAAUGGUACAUGCUACAGUGCGAGAUUGGGAAUCGCUUCCUGCGAUUGUAAACCGGGAUUCUCCGGGUUCAGAUGCCAGCAUUGCUGGAAUCACACCUGCUCGAACGGUGGCGUCUGCUCGCGACAGGACGGUAAGGAAUACUGCGUAUGCCCUGCCGGUUACCGCGGUCCGAAUUGCGAAGUGUCCGACUGCAAGGACCACGAUUGCGGCGAUCACGGAACGUGUGUUAUAAGACCAAGGGUAGGUCCUGCGUGCCAAUGCGAACCGGGAUAUUCUGGGAAUAAAUGCCAGCAGUACGCGUGCACCGGUCUCGUUUGCAAGAACGGUGGAACCUGUAAGAUCAGCAAUAAACAACCAGAGUGCGUGUGCCCACCUCUCUUCGGAGGUCGCAAAUGCGAGACUAAUCUCUGCAAAGGAUCUUCGCCUCCGGCAGGGUGCGCUUCGGAGGAAGGCUGCAACUGCAGAAACGGCGGAGAAUGCGUUACCGUAGGCGGAAUGAAUAUAUGCAAGUGUCCUGAUACUUGGGGCGGAGAAACCUGCGAUAAUUACAUUGGAAACAAUAACGUUUGCAAGGAUCGCUGCAAGAACGACGGAAUUUGUCAGACAGGUGGUGUUUAUAUGACUCCUAUCUGUCACUGCACGAACGAGUGGACGGGAGAGUUAUGCGAUUAUCCCAUCAAGUGCAGAUUCUUCUGCAAGAAUGGUGGCAUCUGCAACAUCGUUGAGGACGCUCCGAAAUGCACAUGUCCUCCGAACUUCAGCGGUUCCCAGUGCGACAAUCGCGAAGAAACGGCAAUGAAGAAAACCGGCGACACGCACGUUUGGAAGAUCUUCACGUACACCCUCACCCCUAUCUUCGUUUUAAUUCUUCUCGCUGUUCUCGUGCACUACAUCAUUCGCAGACAGCGAAGACCAUUUGCUCACGAAAUCCUUCAAGAGAGCGAUUUCAAUAACCCAAUGUAUCAAGAGAGAGACGCGGAACCCUUCUCUUUAGACGCUGACAAGCCCAACAAUUUCCUGAACCCCGUUUACGAAACGGUCUACAACGGAACGAGCAGCGCUAAAGACGAAAAGACCGGCUUGCUGCAGCAAUCCACCGAAGACAUCCCUCCGACAAUCCAAGAGCAAUAGAAUGGUUUACAUAUCAGUUUUAUCAUAUUUUAACUUUCUUUAUUU